AUGAAGGCCUCCGUUGCUGCCGUAGCGGCUGUGGCUGGCGUUGCCAACGCCGCCGCUCACGCCCACAACCACCGACGGGCUCACGAUAUGUUUGCCCGGCGGGCCGGUCUCGAAUCCUGUGUCCCCGAGUGCACCACCGUCUGGGAGACUUUCUACGGCGAGCCUACCUUCAUUGAGCACGGUCCCGAGCCCGAGCCCACCACGACCGAGAUCCAGACCCAGGUCCAGACCGAGAUUGUCGAUAUCCUCCCCACGCCCGAGGUUGAGAUCUUCCCUACCCCCGGUACUUACUCGUGGGAUGCCACCACCAUCACCGUCACUGAGAGCACUACGGUGUGCGCGGCUACCGCCACCAAGGUUGGCCCCGGAACCCACACCUUCGGUGGUGUCACGACGGUUGUCGAGACGUCGACCACGGUCGUCUGCCCUAUUGCCACUGAGACGACUGUCGACGGUGUUAUCACCAGCACCAUCGUGGAGACCACUUAUGUCUGCCCGACUCCCGGCACCUACACUAUUGGUGCCUCCAGCAGCACCGUCACCGUUGACGAGACCGUGAUCGUCUACCCCGUUGCCACCAGCUACGAGCCCGGCACUUACACCAGGCCCGCCGCCACCGUCACUGUGACCGCGACCAAUUACGUCACCGUCUGCCCCUUCGAGGGUGGCCCGACCCCUGCUCCCCAGCCCGAGCCCCAGCCUGAACCUGAGCCCGAGCCUGCUCCGGCUCCGGCUCCCCAGAAGCCUGCCGAGGAGGCCCCUGCUCCCACCACCGCCGAGACUUCCAAGCCCACUCAGGAAUGGACCGCCAGCACUGGUCUUGGUGGCAACGGCAAGGACCACUGGGCCAUCACCUACACCCCCUACACCGAGGACGCCGGUCUCUGCAAGUCCCGCGACGAGGUGUUCGCUGAUAUCCGCAACAUCAAGUCCCUCGGCUUCGACACCGUCCGUAUCUACUCUACCGACUGCGAUACUCUUGCCAAUGUCGGUGACGCCGCUGAGGCUGAGGGCCUGAAGAUUAUCAUCGGUGUCUUCGUCAAGGAGGCUGGCUGUGGCUACAGCGGUGUCCACAAGCAGCAGGUCGAGGAGCUCGUCGCCUGGGGUAAGUGGCACCUCGUCAGCCUUGCCGUCAUCGGUAACGAGGCUAUCUUCGGCGGUCACUGCAAUGCUGGCCAGCUCAAGGGCCUCAUCGACACCUGCAAGUCUAUCAUUGCUGGCGCCGGCUACACCGGCCCUUUCACCACGGCUGAGACUGUCGAUGUUUGGCAGCGUGACGGUAGCGUCCUCUGCGACUCCAUCGACAUUGGUGGUGCCAACACCCACCCUUACUUCAAUGCUAACACCUCGCCCUCCGCCGCUGGCACCUUCGUCCGCGGCCAGCUCGAUAUCGUCGCCAAGAUCUGCGGCAAGCGCUCCAUCUCUCUCGAGUGCGGUUGGCCCACUCAGGGUAACUGCAAUGGCGCUGCCUGCCCUGGUGUCGCUGAGCAGGCCGAGGCCAUCGGCUCCAUCCGAUCGUCUUGCGGCGAGGAUGUCGUCUUCUUCACCUACGGCAAGGCCUUCUGGAAGGAUCCUACCUCUUGCGGUUGCGAGCCUUACUUCAACGUUGAGGGUGCUUUCUAA